AGCAAACAACGUCGUAGAAGGUCAGAGAUCUCAGCAAGAUGAAGAUGGAGAGAAACAUGCUCCACACGCUCGUGGUGUUUCUGCUGAUGCCGCUGUCGUGCAGACUGCAGGAACAUGAGAGAUCUUCUCAGGAUGUGUGCGGUGAGCUGAAGCAGCUCAGAGAACUCGUGUAUCAGCAGGCGGCCGCUUUAUCCGAGAUCAAGGUGAAGAUGGUGUACAUGGAGAAAGAGAAAGCAGAUGAAGGAGAGCAGCUGAAGGCUGUGAAGAGCGAACUGGAGAGCAUAAAGAAACUGAACGCUGUGCGGCCGAAGGUGGCGUUCAGCGCCGGUUUACCUGCAGGACAGAGAGGACCGUUUAAUGCUGAAACCACGCUGAUCUACAGUAAAGUCAUCAGCAACAUCGGAGGAGCGUAUAACCCAUUCACAGGUGUGUUCACGGCUCCUGUCAAAGGCGCCUACUACAUCCGCUUCACUGCCGCCGCCUACAGCAGUAACAGCCACAACAUGGGUGUUCACCUGUACAAGAACAGCCAGCAUCUCAUGCACCUGGGCGAGUACGACAAAGACGGAACUGCCAGACACGUGUCUGGGGCUCUGGUGCUGGAGCUGGAGGUCGGGGACGCGGUGUACCUUCGCCUCGUUACCAACUACGCCCUCUACGACGAUACGAUGCUCCGCAACACCUUCAGCGGCUUCCUCAUUUUCCCUUCAUGAUUAAAUCUCAGUCUGUGUCCAGGACCUGUGUUUAAUCUGGUGUGUUUCUGCUGAAUACGUUUCAUGUCGUUAUGUGUGUCACAUCACACCACAUCCAGCGUUAACACUUUACCUCUGACACUGGAGACUCCUUCAAUAAACAGUUUCCUUCUA